GGGCCUGAGUCCGCCUCUGCCAUGGCCUCCAAACAAGCCAAAAAGAGAGAAGUGCAUCGUAUCAAUUCGGCGCACGGAUCGGAUAAAUCUAAAGAUCAGUACCUUUUUGGCGGUAAUGUGCAACCUGGCUCCGUUGAGCAGAAGAAGGGGAAGUUCCCGAUCUGGCCAGAAUGGAAUGAAGCCGACAUAAAUGCAGAAAAGUGGGAUGCAGGCAAAGGUGGAAAAGAAAAGGAUAAAAUGGGAAAAAGCCCUGUAUUUCAUUUUUUUGAAGACCCUGAAGGAAAGAUUGAAUUGCCACCAUCGUUGAAAAUUUAUUCCUGGAAGCGUCCACAGGAUUUUUUAUUUAAUCGGACUCCAGUAGUUGUGAAAAAUGAAAUCCUGUUUGACUUGUUUUCAGCAAAUGAACAUUUACUCUGCAGUGAGCUGAUGAGAUGGAUUAUCAGUGAAAUCUAUGCAGUGUGGAAGAUAUUCAAUGGAGGCAUUUUGAACAAUUAUUUCAAAGGGACCACAGGGGAGCCUCCUUGUCUUGCCUGGAAGCCCUGGGAACACAUCUACUCUCUGUGCAAGGCUGUGAAAGGUCACAUGCCCUUAUUCAAUAGCUACGGAAAGUAUGUUGUGAAACUUUACUGGAUGGGUUGUUGGAGAAAGAUAACUAUUGAUGACUUUCUGCCUUUUGAUGAAGACAACAAUCUAUUGCUUCCAGCCACAACCUAUGACUUUGAACUCUGGCCAAUGCUUUUGUGUAAAGCUAUCAUUAAGCUGGCAAAUGUUGACAUCCAUGUAGCCGAGAGGAGAGAAUUAGGGGAGUUCACGGUGAUUCAUGCGCUUACCGGAUGGUUACCAGAAGUGAUUCCUCUCCACCCAGGAUAUACGGACAAAGUUUGGGAGCUCUUGAAAGAAAUAUUGCCUGAGUUUAAGCUGUCAGAUGAGUCCAGCUCUGAAAGCAAAACAACUGUUGUAGAUGCCAAAUUAAAAGAGGCAGGGAAAGAAGUGAAGAAUGGCAAAGAAAUGAAAGAUGGUAAAGAAUUCAAACCUGACACUUCAGUGACAGCAUUAAAGGCACCUGAGAAAAGUGACAAAGUUCCAAAGGAAAAAGCAGAUGCAAAAGACCUUGGGAAGAAGAAGAGUAAAAAUGGAGACAAAGAAAAGGAAAAGGAAAAAUUCAAAUGGUCACUUCAUGGAUCAAGACCCUCAUCAGAUGUACAAUACUCUCUGCAGUCUCUGUCAGAAUGUUCUUCAGCAACACAGUCUGCUCACAUGGUUGUAUAUGCUACCUUUACACCCCUCUAUUUGUUUGAAAGGAAGAUCUUUUCGUUAGAAAAAGCGGCUGAUUCUGCCGAGAAGCUGAGAGAAUAUGGACUUUCCCAUAUCUGUAGCCAUCCUGUGCUGGUGACUAGAACUAGGUCUUGCCCUCUCACAGCACCUCCAAAGCCACCUCCCAUACCUGCCUGGAAAAUCUUUCGUCAAAAAAAGGAAACUGUUAUAACAGAUGAAGCUCAAGAAACAAUAAUAAAGAAGCCCGAACAGUUUCUUGAAAUUUCAAGUCCGUUUUUGAAUUAUAGGAUGAAUCCGUUUACAAUUCCAACAGAAACUCAUUUUGUACAAUAUUUUAUCAAGAAAGGGGUACCUCCAGGAUCUGGUUUAUCUUCCCUUGCUGAAAAUGAUGAAACCAUCACCUUUAGCCAGCCAGACUUAAUUCAGUUGACAGGAGCAGUAUCUCAGGGAAACAUUACUUCCCAAGUUAUACCUGGAAAAGAAGAGCUAACAGAACUUGGAUUAAAUGACACAGCUCAUCAAGGUGAAGGACUUAGUUUGGAAAGAGAUUUAGUCAGCCAGACGACAGCAACACAGGAAAAAUCACAGGAGGACCUCCCAACAAUAAAUAAUAGCGUUUCUAAAGAAAUAUGGUUAGAUUUUGAAGACUUCUGUGUAUGCUUUCAGAAUAUAUAUAUUUUUCACAAACCAAGUUCAUAUUGCCUUAACUUUCAAAAAACAGAAUUCAAGUUCUCAGAUGAACGCGUGUCCUACUAUCUGUUUGUGGAUAGUCUGAAACCCAUUGAACUGCUGGUUUGCUUUUCUGCACUGGUACGAUGGGGAGAAUCUGGAGCUUUAACAAAAGACAGCCCCCACGUAGGGCCUGGACUGCUUACAGCGGAAUCCCUUUCCUGGAAAUCUCUGAAGCCACGAGAUCUUGUUUUGAAGAUUCAUACGUAUGCCACCAAGGCUGCGGUGGUCCGGCUGCCUGUUGGGAGACAUAUGCUUCUCUUCACCGCAUACUCCCCCGUGGGGCAUUCCAUACACAUCUGCAGCAUGGUGACUUUUGUCAUUGGGGACGAAGAUGUCGUGCUACCCAACUUUGAGCCGGAGAGCUACCGAUUCACAGAGCAGUCUCUAACAAUUUUGAAAGCCGUUGGAAAUGUGAUUGCUAGUUUCAAAGAUAAGACUAAACUUCCUGUGGCUCUGAAGGACUUACAAAUGGCUCACUACCCUAUUCCCCUCCACAAUAAAGAACUGACAGCACAACACUUCAGGGUUUUUCAUAUUUCUUUAUGGCGCUUAAUGAAAAAAACUCAACUAACAAAACCUCCUCCCAAUUUUAAAUUUGCCUUUCGUGCCUUGGUUCUGGAUUUAGAGUUACUUGAUUCCUCCAUGGAAGAGGCUUCUUUAGCGGAAUGGGUAGACGUGAAAUAUUCUGUACCCAUAAGUGAUAAAGAAUAUUCUCCUGAGGAAGUAGCAGCAGCGAUUAAAAUUCAAGCCAUGUGGAGAGGGACUUAUGUCAGAUUACUUAUGAAAGCUAGAACACCAGACACAAAGGAAAAUACCAGCGUUGCAGAUAUGCUUCAAAGAGUUUGGGCUAUAUUGGAGCUGAAUAUAGAACAGUAUGCAAUUUCUCUCUUAAGACUAAUGUUUAAAAGCAAGUGCAAGUCUGUUGAAUCUUAUCCAUGCUAUCAAGAUGAAGAGACUAAGAUUGCUUUUGCCGACUAUACUGUGACAUAUGCAGACCAGCCACCAAAUAGUUGGUUUAUAGUAUUCAGAGAAACAUUUUUGUUUCCUCAAGAUAUGAUUUUGCUUCCCAAAGUAUAUACCACGCUUCCAGUCUGCAUGCUCCAUGUUGUUAACAAUGACACAAUGGAACGAGUGCCAAAAGUGUUCCAAAAAGUGGUGCCUUAUCAUUACACAAAGAAUAAGAAAGGCUACACAUUCGUGGCUGAAGCAUUUACUGGUGACACAUAUGUAUUGUCCUCACGUUGGAAACUGCGCCUCAUUGGUUCUUAUAACCCACUCCCAUUCCUAUCUCGAGACUCUCCAAACAAUACCUUCACCAUAAAGGAAAUCAGGGAUUACUACAUACCCAAUGACAAGAAAAUUUUAUUCAGGUAUUCAGUUAAAGUCGCUUCACCACAUCCUGUUACAGUGCAGGUACGGACGUCCAAAUCAGAUGCAUUCAUCAAGCUACAGGUCUUAGAAAAUGAGGAAACUAUUGUCAGCUCCAUUGGGAAAGGCCAGGCUAUAAUCCCAGCAAUUAACUUCUUGGGGAGUGAAAAAGUUGUGAGCUCCCAGUCUAGCAAGCAGGUUCUUGCAGUGCAGACUUCAUCCAAGAAGGAGCAAGAAUUGUACACUAAGAAGAAAUCCACCCAGGGAAGUCAGAAAUCCUAUAAGGGUAGAACUGUAAGUGCAACAGUAGACACUGGUCAGCCUAUUUUGGACGAGGAACCUAUCAGUAUGCCCACCAUAGAAGAAAAUGCUAGCGUGCCACAGCAGGUUAACAAGUACAUUAUACAGUGUUUGGUGUUGUAUAACAGUUGGCCUCUCACCGAAAGUCAGAUGGCGUUUGUUCAAGCACUAAAAGAAAUGGAGAAAAAUGAUAGCAAAGUUCAUGGAGAGAAACAUGAGGAAUUAAUUACCUUAGGAAGCCCAGAUUCCCAUACUAUUAGUGAGGGGCAAAAAUCUUCAGGAACUUCCAAAACAAGAAAAGGCAAAGAGAGGUCUUCUGAGAAAGAAAAGUUAACCAAAGAAAAACAAGCACCUCGCUUUGAGCCUCAGAUGUCCACUUUUCACCCUCAACAAGAAGACCCAAAUAAACCCUACUGGAUUUUGAGGUUGGUCACCGAGCACAACGAAGCAGACAGUUUCGAAGUGAAAAGAGAUACUGAACGAGCAGAUGAAAUCCGAGCCAUGAAGCAAGCCUGGGAGAUGACUGAGCCUGGAAGGGCUAUCAAGGCUUCCCAGGCUCGCCUGCACUACCUCAGCCGCUUCAUUAGGAAAAUUCCGGAUGCUGAGAGUGUGCCUAUGUCUGAAAGCCAAACUAAAGCACCAGAGGACGAGAUGAAACCAGAAAUAAGAAUGCAACAUAGUUCAAAGGUAGCAGUGUGUAAACUUGAAGUUGAAACAUCUUCAAGUGCCAUAAAAGAGCCAGACGCAAAGGGUUCCAUGAGUUCAGAGAGCAAAGAUAUCCCGCCGUUGGGGAGUAUGCUGUGGAAGAAGUGGCAGAUGACCAGGGGCUUGAAGGACUGGUCAAAACUGGUGAGCAGCGAAAUUGGAGGAACGUCUCCAGCAGGGAAGGAGGAACAGACUGUGCGGAAGGAAAAUAUCAGGCCUCAUUCGCGAUCCCCAACAAUUUUGGAAAUGUCUCCACAACUUAUUCGAAAAGCACUAGAAUGUGUAGACAUAACACAAUAUGUACGAAAAACAAGAGACGCUGAUCCUGUGCUACAAACAGAGGAUCUGAACCAGCAGCAGGCAAUGCAAAAGGCAGAAGAGGUUCACCAGUUCCGACAGUAUAGGACCAGAGUACUCAGCAUUCGAGACAUCGAGCAAGAGGAACAGCUUAAAAUAAAGGAUAAAAUCCUGGAGAUGUAUGGGGAAAUGCGGGACUCCUUAGAUGAAGCCCGGCAGAAGAUCUUCAGUGUCCGGGAAGAGUAUAGAAAGAAGUUGCUGGAAGCUGAGCGCCUGAGAUUGGAAGCUCUGGCUGCGGAGGAAGCAGCAAGUGGGGCGGAGACAGAAAAGAAGACGCGGGUUCCUGACACACGGGAAAAGAAGAAAGGAAAGAAGAAGUAACCAGAAGGAGCCCAAAACUCACCUUCUUCUGAAGAGGAAAAUCCCUUUGUUUAUUUAUUUUUUUUUUAGUGAUCUAUAACGUUUCCUGUUGAUAACGUAUUAGGCCAAUAGAAAAUAGAAGUUUUCCUUCUCAGAACUAGUUUCUGCAUUUUAUGGUUCAUUUGUUGUUGUUGUUUUCCCAGAAACCUAUUGUUUGAGUAAUCAUUAGAGUUUAGGUUUCUCUAAUUUCAAUAAAAAUUGCCUCAGCAUAUUUAGAAUGCAGUAAAAUGUACGUGUCUCCCUCUGAAUUGCUGCAUUUUCAGCAAGUAGUAAAACAAGAUCAGAAAUGGGCUAACAGGAUUGAAUUUGAAAAAAUUCAACGAUGAGGAAAAUAGCUACGGUUCUUACAGGAAAUUUUGUUUCUAACUUGAAAGACUUUAAAAUAUUUUUAAAAUA